GUGGCUCCUGAUGAAUUAUUUCCAACAGAAAGAGUCUGGGACUUCCUUGAGUGGUCUUUGCUCAGGAACUGGAUGAAGGAUUGGCUUCGGUACGUCCAUUGGUACUGGAGUGUCGCGAAUUCACCGGAUGUUUCCUUAAGUGACUUCUUUUCUGCAUCAGUCUAUGAGAAAGAAUGGAGGAUCAGACGCGAAUCGAGUGAGCUCAUUCGCUUUGGUCUUCUCUGGAAGAUCUAUGAUUUGGUAGCAGAGAAGGGUGUAAGCUUGGAGCCCGCCAUGUCUUCAAGAACACCUCUCUGGAUUUCGGGGAUG